CCGGCCCACACUCGAGCUCUAGUCUGUUCUAACGCACACAAACACACACCUCAGAAGCUUGAACUCGUUGAAGAAUUUGAGGUUUUAGGGUUCAAUGAAUUCUGAAAAAUUAGAAAACGGAAUUCAAGAAUUGAAACUGAAUCAGACAGAAAAAGAGUGUGAUGCCGAUACACAGAGUCAAUUACAGUUCACAACCUUCACUGAAUUCGUCAACGAUGCUAGCCUCCAUUAUCAGAUUAUUCGCUUUCCCAAACAGAUAUUUGUGUGGAUUGGUUACAACUCUGCAAGAUUGGGACAAAUAUAUGGAGCUGCUUCAACUCGCCCUAACAAUGUGGUUUCUGUAACUAAUAUACUUGGUGGGAAUUCGGAUAAUACGGGUUCUGGCAUUGCUCGGCGAUUAGUGUUAAAGACUGGUCUCAAUAUAAUUAUGGCUUGCAAUAUUCCAAAAAAUAGUCCUAUGGUUGAGAUAGAAGCUGAGAAAAUAUUGAUACAAAAACUUAUUAGUAUGGGCUAUACCAAGCCAAGAUUGGCAGUGACAUCUUUGUAGCAUCGAAGGAGGGAGCUUUUUUUUAUGCAUUUACAUCCAUUAUCCCAAUGUUAUGUUGUUAUCUAAUUUAGAAGCCAUGAUAGCUAUUGAUAACUUUAAGCUCUGUUAUUAUUAUACACAAUAGUUACAAACAAACCUUUGAUGUGUUGAUCCCUUGUCGAUCUUGAAUGUAUGCGAUUGAGAUCACCAUUGAUGUUCCAAAUGAUCAAGGUUCAUUACACAUUAGAAACUUUAUUGUAUGCUUGAUUUUUGGGA